AUGCUUGUCAGCGCUUUGCUAAUCACCAGCAAGGAUACCGUUACUUCAAAUGAGCAAAGAUGUGGAGACUUUUGGAGAAGGAUUGCAGAUUACUUUGCAACUUGUCCGAAUGGUGCAGGUCGGCCAAAGAGAGAGGCUAGUUAUUGUAAGCAGAGGUGGGGGAAGAUAAGUGAGAUGGUGUGCAAGUUCGUUGUAUGUUAUGAGGCUGCGACAAGGGAGAACUGUAUUGGCAAGAUUGAAGAUGAUGUGAUGAAGCUAGCAGACCAUAUAUUCUUCAAUGAUCACAAACAGAAGUUUACCUUGGAGCAUUCUUGGCGAGAGCUAAGAUAUGAUCAUAAAUGGUGUGCGUCCACAUCUACUAAAGAGAAUGGAGUGAAAAGGGGAAGGGUGUGUGGGGAUGGGUCUGCACAGGAUGCACAACUGGUGAUUGAUGUCGAGGAUGAACCAAUGCCCCGUCCUCCUGGUGUUAAGGCUGUAAAGGGGAAGGCAAAAAAAAGCUCUAACACUAAACUGGAUGUGGAGGCAGAUGGGAAAGCUUUCUUGGAGUUUCAGAUGGAGCGUGUUGAGAGGAUGUAUGAGAUGAAUCAAAAGGAUAUCGCUUAG